AUGACCUCUAGUACCGGCGGGCAGAAAAGGGCCUUUGCGGCUGCAAGUAGUAGCUCAUCGUCGGCUCCUGCUCCUGCAUUUGCGGCUGCAAGCAGUAGUUCAACGUCGGCGACUGCUGCGCGCGAAUUUCUGUUGCCCCAUAUCAAAUGUAAAAAUGUCUGGGUCUGGAAGAGUGCAUGUUUGUCAUGCUUGUCUGGCAUGACUCUCAAAUCUGUCAUGCACGUUACCCAAGAGCGCCACUUUUCUGUCAUGCAGAGACGCAGUUUGUCAUGCAAUAUAGGGAACACCUAGAAGCUCAGAAACUUGUCAUGCUAAGCCAGUACUUGUGGCCUCCUCAUGAUACGCCAGCCAGCAUCACAAGUUUCCAGACCCAGACAUAUUUGCAAUCCAUACCCCAGGACGAGGAUCAACAUGGCGAACGGAACGUUUUCAACUCCUUAUCAAAUGUAAAAAUGUCUGAGUCUGGAAAGUUGGAACUUGUGAUGCUAACUUUGGACUCUAAAAAAAUGUGUACUGCAUGACCAGCAAGAGGAGCCACAUGUGUGCUACGCGAGGAGGGCAUUUGUCAUGCGGAAAUGGCAUCAGGAAGCUUUCCAAAAAUCUGUGAUGCUGGGUCAUGCAUUACAAGCAUCAUGGGUCAUGCCAGACAAGCAUGACAAGCCUUCCAUUCUUCCAGACCCAGACAUUUUUACAUUUGAUACUCAUUUAACUAUCAACAUUUUAAUGUUCCCAGUACAACUUCAUCGAAUCAACAGCCGGAACCUGUAGGAGGAGAAAGCGUUCUCCCCUUCCCAGGCCAAGAGGGUGGCGUGGCAGAACCAGGCACCAGCUCUGCGCUUGAUUUCCAGUCUGGAACCGCAUUUGGUUCUUCUGGGGGACAAUUUCACCUGCUGAAAGGUGGCCUGACGAUUGCGAUAUCCUGUGCAAAAGUAUCGUACUCGUAAUCGUAUAAAUGCAUUUUACAAAUUUCCUCAGCAUGAGAAAUAAUAUGUGUAAAGGUGACUUGCUUUCAGGAAAAGAUUUGUAAAUGCAUGAUUGCGUUACGAGUGCGAUACUUUUGCACAGGAUAUGCGAGCGACUUCUACAAUCGCGACAACACUGAGAUCUUUGCGAACUACUCGGAAACGCCAGCGGUUUUUCCUGGUAUGGAGAGCGCAGCUGGGUCAAGUUUGAUGCAGAAUGACCAGUAUACCUACGGAGCGCUUUCGCAGGCGGACGGUAACUUUGGUAUCCAGCAGCCAAAUAUCCACUGCAAAAAUAUCUGGGUCUGGAAGAAUUGAAUGCAGCUUGUCAUGCUAAAUCUGAAUCAUGCAAAAAUCUGUGUUGCAUCAUUACCAAAAGCUGUCGACUUUUGACCAAGUCGGCAGGGAGUUUCUCAUGCACAAUUGGCACGAAAGAGAUCACACAGAUGAAUCUGUCAUGCUAGGUCCUGCAUUCCAGACCUCGUGGAUGGUCAUGGAAAAGCUGCAUGACAAACUUGCAUUCUUCCAGACCCAGACAUUUUUGCAUUUGAUACCAUAUUAUGAGUUCGGAGCCGUUUCUGCGGCAGACUUUAACAUGAACCUGUACUGCUACAACAACCCAGACGCGCCGCAGCAGCAGCAGCAGGUCCCGGUUGAUAGUAGCGCAUAUCCUGAGUAAAAGUGUCCGCAUACCAGAGUCAAGAUGGGACAUCUGCUAGACAAAUCAACCAGCUAUGGCUGUUUCGCAUGACAAGUUUGUCCCGGUAGAGUAGUCCUGUUUAGGUAAUUCAGCAGCAUCACAGAUCUAGCGCAUCAUGCUGCUUCUAGCAUGACAAAUUCCAAAACACAACUAGAAAAUGGCUCUCAGCAUGCAGCUCCGCAUGACUAACUUUUUUGGCGUGCAAAUUUCGCAUGACAACUCGAGGGUGGGGACGUUUUUACUCAGAAUACCGCAACGCCUGUGUUCCAACACUACAUCGACGAGAGAACGUAUCGCAAGAAAAAACUGCUUCAUUGUGAAUCUGUGAUGCAGAGAGCGAAACACCAAUGCGUUUGUCUUGCUACACCUGCAACACAACGGAUCUUUCAGCGUGUUUUCCCUUGGAAAACGCGCAUGACAAAUUUUCUGUGUCAUGUGUAGCAAACUUGUGAUGCAGAUCUUGCAAAACCAUCACAGUGAAACAGUUGUUUCGUGGGAUAGCACGGGCGAGAUAAAACCCAGAAACGACGAAGAAUGGACCGUAAAGGACCUUUACGGUGACGAGGCGCUAUGGAAGUAUCCAGUGCAAAAGUUGUAUCGCACUCGUAGUUGUAAUUGCAGUUAUGCAUUACAAAUCUUUUCCUUGAGGGAAAUCAGCAUUACAUAUUCCAUUUCUCAUGCUGAGGAAAUUUGUAUAUGUAAUUCGUACUAGUACGAUACUUUUGCAAUUCAUAGGAAGCACCAGGAAGAAAAUCCUUGGGUCAAAGUCUCCCGCCGCUAUCGCAUAUCGAGUGCAAAUAUCGAUCUGGGUCUGGAAGAAUGCAACUUUUGAUGCUGUCUUGCGAUUCUAAAAAAAAUCUGUAUUGCAUGAGCAGCAAGAGGAGUCCACUAGCUGCUACUUACGUGGAGGGGGCACUUUUCAUGUUGUGUAGGCUUAGGCUGCAUUAGGAGGCCUCACAAUGAAACCUGUCAUGUUGCCAGCGCAUACAUCACAGAUCGAUCAGGAGUCAUGCAAAAUGCGCAUGACAAAUCUUCCACUCAUCCAGUGACCCAGACAUAUUUGCAGUGCAUAUCGCAAUUCGUGGAGCGUUUGUUCUUUAUGAAAUGUAAAAAUGUCUGGGUCUGGAAGAAUGCAUGUUUGUCAUGCUUGUCUGGUAUGACUCUUAAAUCUGUCAUGCACGUUACCCAAGAGCUCCAUUUUUCUGUGAUGCAGAGAUGCAGUUUGUCAUGCAGAAUAGGCAACACCUAGAAGCUCAGAAACUUGUCAUGCUGAGCCAGCACUUGUGGCCUCAUCAUGAGACGCCCCCCAGCAUCACAAGUUUCCAGACCCAGACAUUUUUACAUUUGAUAUUCUUCGUCGUCGUCUGACGAGGACGACGUUGACGUCGAGGACUUUACCCUAUGUAAAAACGUCCCCACACCAUAGUCAUGAUGGGAAGUCUGCAACACAAAUCCCCAAGUUUUGGAAGUUCUGCAUGACAAGUUUCCCAUUACAAAUGCCAAAACACGACUGGAAAUCAUGCCUCUCAUGGAAAUGCGCACACCAAAUCGAUUCCUGUCAUUGCGCAUUUGCAUGACAACUCUGGGGUCGUGCUGGGAAGGUUUUUACACAGGAUAGACUUUGACUUCGCGUUCCAGCCGGGGGCCGGGACGCAGACGCCUUUUCCUGGGGAAGAUGAGCG